AUGUCUUCUUCAUUCACUAUGAUCAAAGAUCUCGAUUUAUCGAAUGAACCUCAAAUAUGGAGGAUUAAGGUCUGUAUUAUCAAGAGGUGGUCAAUUUCUACUGGAGAGGACAAAUACAAGAAGCCUAUGCUGGAAUUUGUUGUCAUGGAUAUGUUGGGAGAUCGCAUCCAGUGCUCCAUUAAGAAUCCCAUGAGGAGGUUAUUUGAAAAUGACAUUGUAGAGGGAAGAAUAGUUACUUUAUCAAAUUUCUCACUUGCUGUGAAUGAUCAAAAAUACAAACCAACUACCCAUUCUCAUCGUAUAUACUUUAAGAGGGAAACUCAGAUCCGUCCUUUAGAAGACAGUAAAUUUCCUGACAACGUAUUUCACUUUGUUCCAAAUGAAAUUAUCCUUGGUCAUGACAAUCCUCAGUCACACUUAAUUGAUGUCAUUGGUUUGUUAACUGGUAAGGGAGAUACGAUUGAGUUCACAAAGAAUGGCAAGAAAUCAAUCUACAUCAUACUCGAACUUGAUGACAUCCAGGGUAAGGGAAAGAUUCGAUGCACUCUUUGGGAAGAAUUUGCAAAUCAAUUGGUGCAACACAUGCAAAAUCAUCCUACAACUGAAUACAUACUCAUUGUGCAAUUUGCAAAACAGGAACCCUACAUGGCUACUCGCGGGCGAGGCCGAACACAUACGCGAGAAAGUAGGAAUGAGCCACCAGCUGACAAUCACGCCGAGUUCAUGGCGGCCAUGGCUAACUUAGCAAACACCAUGGAAGCGAAUGCUACUGCGACUCUGCAGGCAGUACAGAGAUUGGGCCAACCGGCCAAGAAUGGGAAUGGCGAAGGGAAUGCCAAUGAUAAUGCUAAGGGUAACGGCGAUAACAUGGGAGUAGUUCCAAUGACCUUGGCGACGUUUCUCAAGGCGCAGCAAGUUCCACUCAAUCAGUAUGUAGAGUUUGCCGCUUAUCAACUAGCGGGAGAGGCCCAGCCCUGGUGGCAAGCUGAGUGUCGUUUACUACAACUUCAGAACGCCGACAUUCCAUGGGAGGUAUUCCAAACGACUUUCUAUAAGAAAUACUUCCCUGAGUCUGCAAGGAAAGCAAAGAAGAUGGAGCUAAUGCAACUGAAGCAAGGUUCCAUGUCUGUGGCAGAGUACACUAACAAGUUCGAAGAGCUUUGUAGGUUUUCUCGGGUGUGUCAGGGUGACCCGGAGACUUACAAAAGCUAG